AUGGAGAGUUCACUACUUUCCGAGGGAGCCCGUUCCACUGUCGACCAACUCUUUACUCCUCUCCUUAAUGUUGUAGUGCUCUUUGGACUUACUUUGGUUUGGGUAUCAAUAAAGCUUUCCAAGUCCCAAUGUGUCCUUGAGAAGGAGUACUUCUGCUCUUCCAUUCCAAAUGGUUUUCCAGAAGGGUUGACCUCCAUUCUCUUUGUGGUAACCAACAUCGGGAUUCUCAACUCCACGGUCUUCAGUAGCCCAAGCUUGGCUUCAGUGUCCAGCCUCGCCCUAGCAAACAGUGGCAUAAGGAAAAUCAAACCAGGAGCAUUCAGCAUUUUCCAAAACCUCCGCAAACUAAGUUUAUAUCAGAACAGUGUGACUGAGGUUACAGCCUCUUGGCUUUCCAACCCCGGGCGUCUAGAAAACCUGACAGUGGCUCAGAACCUCAUUGCCAGUAUAGGACCAAAAGACUUUUCAGGGUUUUCCAACCUUACAACGCUGAACCUAGCAAACAAUCAGAUCUAUCAGAUAUCUAGCAAGAGUUUUAAGGAGCUGACCAAGCUAACACUGCUUGACCUGUCUGGCAAUAACUUAACCACUUUAGCAAGAGAUGUAUUUGAUGGGCUGAGGCUCCCAGUGAUCAGACUUGGUGGAAAUCCAUGGAACUGCUCCUGUCAACUUCAGGAUUUUGGAUUAUUUCUGCAAGAGUUGAUCAAUGUGUCACUGCUUGAAGAUGCUGCCUCUGUCAUUUGCCGAAGUCCACCAAACCUAGAAGGGAUUCCCGUCUGGAACAUCUCUGACUUGAACUGCCUGCCAGACUUCUUUUCAUCAGCCUUUGAGAACAGCUUCCAUAAAGUUGGACUACCAGCUUUGCUGGUAUGUUUAGUGUUGAUUUCGUUCAUUUUGAUGCUGCUUUUGAUCUGGAUGGUGAAACGCAGUAAUCAACAAAUCCAGCCAAGCAAAGAAGCGACUGAUCUAACCACCAAUGGUCAACCAUCGGACUGUGUUGAUUCCAUGGCUGAACACAGACUGACUGAUGGAAAGAUCAGAAUCACAGAGACAGGGGUGAUGUCUCACUCUAGGCUGUUGAGAGUUCGUGCCAAAUCUGCCUCAGCCAUAUUGUUGCAGGCAGAGUUCUGUCCCAUACCAUGCCAGGCCACCAAUUCGGCUGAGGAAAAGCAAAGGGAUCUAACAACUCCCUACACACUGUUAAAUGAAAAAAUGCACAUGAGAAGUGAGGACCUGUGCAACUUUAUGGAACUGUGGUAUUACCACAAGCUAGAAACAGACAACAGAAAGGAAUUUCAGAGGCACUGCAAUGUGAAUUCAUUCCCGACUGAAGUAUAUAUAGAAACUCCAGAUAUGAAAGUUACUUCAGAAGUGGCAACAAUAAGUUUGCAGGAAAACUGUAUUUUGGGAGCAUCUGAGAAUGAUGAUAGUAAAGGGUGUGACAGUGUUGAAAAUCCUGAACCCUUCUUAUAUUUAAGUGUUGCCACGACAACAGUUGAAGAACAAACUGAUAUCCCAUCUAAAAAAGAUGUGCCUAUAAAAGCAGAUAGAAGCUGCUCAGUUUCUUUGAAGCGCGCUUUGACAUGGCCUUAUGAGAUAAAAUGUUUGGGGCAGAGGUCUAAUGUGUUAAGUAUUAGAGAAUCAUUUAAAGGACAGUUCCUCCUGCCAACCCUGAACCUUCAAGAGAAACUGGAUGUUGGGAGUUCAGAAUUGCAGGAAGAGUGGCUAGAGGUUCAUCCCAGGAAGGCAUGUGAGCCAUUCGAUAAUGGUCAGCUUGGAUUAAACCAAGAGGCAAAGCUAGCCAAGGAAACAGAGUUUCCAUAUCAGCAAGAAUCAAAGGCCGAAAUUGCCUUGGAGCCAACAGACGUUGGAAAAUCUGAAUUCACUGUAGAUCUGCAAAGACAGCAUGAUCUGAGCACGUGCCCCAAAGAGGGUGAUCAGAUAGUCAAUGGCAGAACUGAAUUAAAGACCGAGGUAAAACCAGCAGACCAACCAGAGUUUUCACUUCAGCAAGAAUCAAAGGCAGCAGUUGCCUCACAGUCUGGACUCGAAACAAUGAGGGCCCCCACAGCUGUGAAAAGGAAACAGUCAUCAAAACCAGUAUCUGCUCAAUCUAAAGUCCAUCAGAAAAGUCAUCCCUCUCCGCUCCCAUCAGCUGAUGUUGCUUCCACUAGUCUGCCCCUGUAUGAUGAGAUCUCACUCGAAAACGACGAGUAUAACUAUGCCAGCCUCCUGCAUGAAGUUGUGGAGAACCGUGGGAGGUGGACUAGGGAGAGAUGGCGACAGACCCACCGGAACCGUUCAGUGAAUCAGCCCCCAAACAAAUCCAAAUAG